UUUUUAAUUUUUCUUCAGCCGAGAGGACGCGGCUGUGAUAACGAAGCUCUGUGUGGACAGUAAUGACCGCACGUUUCCGAUUGCCUGCUGGCAGAACCUACAAUGUCCGUGCAUCAGAGUUGGCCCGAGAAAGACAGCAUACAGAGGUGGUUUGCAACAUUCUUCUUCUGGAUAACACUGUACAGGCUUUCAGAGUUAAUAAACACGAUCAGGGGCAAGUUCUGCUGGAUAUAGUCUUCAAGCAUCUUGAUUUGACAGAGCGAGACUAUUUUGGCUUACAGUUGGCUGACGAUUCCACAGAUAACCCAAGGUGGCUGGAUCCAAACAAACCAAUAAGGAAGCAGCUAAAGAAGCUGUUUCUGUUAAUUCUAGGAGGAUCUCCUUACAGUUUGAACUUUAGAGUUAAAUUCUUUGUAAGUGACCCCAACAAAUUACAAGAAGAGUAUACAAGGUAUCAGUAUUUUUUGCAAAUUAAGCAAGACAUUCUUACUGGAAGAUUAUCCUGUCCUUAUAACACUGCUGCCCUUUUAGCUUCAUUUGCUGUUCAGUCUGAACUUGGAGACUACAGUCAGUCAGAAAACUUGCCAGGCUACCUCUCAGAUUAUUCUUUCAUUCCUAAUCAACCUCAAGAUUUUGAAAAAGAAAUUGCAAAGUUUCAUCAGCAGCACAUUGGCUUAUCUCCUGCAGAAGCAGAAUUUAAUUACCUAAACACAGCACGAACCUUAGAACUCUAUGGAGUUGAGUUCCACUAUGCAAGGGAUCAAAGUAACAAUGAAAUCAUGAUUGGAGUGAUGUCAGGAGGAAUUCUGAUUUACAAGAACAGGGUACGGAUGAAUACUUUUCUGUGGUUGAAGAUUGUAAAAAUUUCUUUUAAAUGCAAACAGUUUUUUAUUCAACUCAGAAAAGAAUUGCAUGAGUCUAGAGAAACAUUACUGGGAUUUAAUAUGGUGAAUUACAGAGCGUGUAAAAAUUUGUGGAAAGCCUGUGUAGAACAUCACACAUUCUUCCGGCUGGAUAGACCACUUCCACCUCAGAAGAAUUUUUUUGCACAUUAUUUUACAUUGGGUUCCAAGUUCCGGUACUGUGGGAGAACUGAAGUCCAGUCAGUUCAAUAUGGCAAAGAAAAGGCAAAUAAAGACAGAGUGUUUGCAAGAUCUCCAAGUAAGCCUUUGGCACGGAAAUUAAUGGAUUGGGAAGUACUCAGCAGAAAUUCAUUAUCUGAUGACAGAUUAGAAACACAAAGCCUCCCAUCCCGGUCUCCACCUGGAACUCCCAACCAUCGGAAUCCAGCAUUCACACAAGAGGGGACCCGGGUCCGGCCAUCUUCAGUUGGUCAUUUGGUAGACCAUGUGGUUCACACAUCUCCUAGUGAUGAUUUUGUGAAUCAGCGAUCUCCAUCAUCAACGCAAGCUAAUAGCAUAGUUUUGGAAUCAUCACCAUCACAAGAGACCCCUGAGGAUGGGCAGCCUCCAGCUUUACCACCCAAACAGUCGAAGAAAAAUAGUUGGAACCAAAUUCAUUUUUCUCACUCUCAGCAAGAUCUAGUCAACCAUACUAAUGAAACUUUUGAUGUGCCCUCUUCCCCGGAAAAGUCCACUCCUAAUGGUGGCAUUCCACAUGAUAAUCUUGUUCUAAUCAAAAUGAAACCUGAUGAAAAUGGAAGGUUUGGAUUCAAUGUAAAGGGAGGAUAUGAUCAGAAGAUGCCUGUAAUUGUGUCCCGAGUAGCACCAGGAACACCUGCUGACCUCUGUGUCCCUCGAUUGAAUGAAGGGGACCAAGUGGUACUGAUUAAUGGUCGGGACAUAGCAGAACAUACCCACGAUCAAGUCGUCUUGUUUAUUAAAGCUAGCUGUGAGAGACAUUCUGGGGAACUUGUGCUUCUAGUUCGACCUAACGCUGUAUAUGAUGUAGUGGAAGAAAAACUAGAAAGUGAGCCAGACUUCCAGUAUAUUCCUGCAAAAGCCCCACUAGAUAGUGUCCAUCAAGAUGACCAUUCCCUGCGAGAGUCAAUGACCCAGCUAGCUGAGGGGCUUGUCACUGGGACCCUGCUGGCACAGUUUGAUCAAUUGUAUCGGAAAAAACCUGGAAUGACAAUGUCUUGUGCCAAAUUACCUCAGAACAUUUCCAAAAAUAGAUACAGAGAUAUUUCGCCUUACGAUGCUACACGGGUCCUUUUAAAAGGUAAUGAAGACUACAUCAAUGCAAACUAUAUAAAUAUGGAAAUUCCUUCUUCAAGUAUUAUAAAUCAAUACAUUGCUUGUCAAGGGCCAUUACCACAUACUUGUAAAGAUUUUUGGCAAAUGACUUGGGAACAAGGCUCCUCUAUGGUUGUGAUGUUGACCACACAAGUUGAACGUGGCAGAGUUAAAUGUCACCAGUAUUGGCCAGAACCCACAGGAAGCUCAUCCUAUGGAUGCUAUCAAGUCACCUGCCACUCUGAAGAAGGAAACCCUGCCUAUAUCUUCAGGAAGAUGACACUGUUUAACCAAGAGAAACAUGAGAGUCGGCCGCUCACCCAGAUUCAGUACAUAGCCUGGCCUGACCAUGGAGUGCCUGAUGAUUCAAGUGACUUUCUGGAUUUCGUUUGUCAUGUACGAAACAAGAGGGCUGGAAAGGAAGAGCCAAUUGUUGUUCAUUGCAGUGCUGGAAUUGGAAGGACUGGGGUUCUUAUUACUAUGGAAACUGCCAUGUGUCUCAUUGAAUGCAAUCAGCCAGUUUAUCCACUAGACAUUGUAAGAACAAUGAGAGAUCAAAGAGCCAUGAUGAUCCAAACACCUAGUCAAUACAGAUUUGUAUGUGAAGCUAUAUUGAAAGUUUAUGAAGAAGGCUUUGUUAAACCCUUAACAACAUCAAACAAAUGAGAAAACAAAAAGGUUGGCAGAGUAUUGGGAAACUGAUUUUUAUUACAUUCACUGUGCCAUAAUACUGCUUGCAGGAAAUGGCCUCUCACACAAAAAAGUGAAGAACUCAGAAAAACUUCAAAAACUUCAGCACUAUUGCACUUUACGUUUUAAAAAGUCACUCAAAACCUAUAACUCAGAUGUUUGACUAUUUUGUCCUUUGCUCUGAACAAAUGGUGGAAACUGAAUAUGUUCAGGGUUAUGGAAUUUUGAGGCAGUGCCGUGCAGUCCCCUCUGGUAGAAUUGCCACAGACAAGGCUCAGAAUUCUCAUCUCUAUUAUACACCUGUACCUUGAAAACAAAAAGGAGUAAACAUGAGGAGUCUGCUCUGGCCUUUUCCAGUGUUUCAUGUACUUACUGUCCUGAUUCCCAGAUUUUAUUUUUCAAAUGUUAGCAAUACCAUUCUCAACAUUAGCCAGUACACUGCCUGUGGAUGCAGCACGUCUUCCUGACGUCCUAGUAGGGACCUGCUGUUGAGAAGAGAAAUGGAACUCGCUGUUUCCAGGAAAUGCUGCACAGUGUCCAUUUACCAGCAUCUUAUAGAAAUUAUAACUAUGAAUCUACAGAUUUUCUUGGAUUUAAUAAUGUAACUUAUAUUUAUCAUAAGGUUGGCUUAUUCCAAAUCAUGUGAUUUCACAUUCUUUAUGUAAAGGAAUGCAUGCAUUGUGUCUUAACCCCUUAAGUGCCUUGAGAUAUCUUUGUAUAAUGAAAAGGCACUCGUUCGACCCCAUAGGAGGUAUGUAUGUAUACUGUACAUUCUUAUAGUUUUAUGAAUUUUUAAUAAGUUCACAAUGUAAAGAAAAAAACAACA